AAAUAAGCAUCGAUGAAGUUUGUGCGAAUAUGGUGGACUCCCUGCCGACCCGUUGCCUACCCGUCUGCUCUUUUAAUUGCGUCGAGUUAAAGAAGCAAACAAGAAAGUCUAAGGAAAUCGACGAAAAUCUCUCCCGGGAGAAAAAGUACGUCAAGCGGCUGGUAAAGAUCCUGCUGCUCGGCGCUGGCGAGAGCGGCAAGUCGACUUUCCUCAAACAAAUGCGAAUCAUCCACGGCGAUGACUUCGACCAGCGAGCGCGACAGGAGUUCAAACCAACGAUUUACAGCAAUGUUAUCAAAGGCAUUCGUGUGCUGGUGGACGCCCGGGAGAAGCUGCACAUCCCAUGGGGGGACCCAAAGAACAGCACGCACGGGGACAAAGUGAUGGCAAUCAACACCCGGUCGGCCAUGAUGGCCAACGGCCAGCUGGAAACGGCCGACUUUGUGGAGUACCUGCCCGCCAUCAGGGCCCUGUGGGCAGACUCCGGCAUACAAAACGCCUACGACCGCCGCAGAGAGUUUCAGCUGGGGGAGGCGGUGAAGUAUUUCUUGGAUAAUCUGGAUAAGCUGAGCGAGCCGGAUUAUCUUCCCAGUCAGCAGGACAUCCUGCUGGCCCGUAAACCCACCAAAGGCAUUCACGAGUACGACUUUGUGAUCAAGAACGUUCCCUUCAAGAUGGUGGACGUGGGGGGACAGCGGUUCGUGCGCAGGCGCUGGGUCGAGUGUUUCGACUCGGUCACCUCCAUCCUCUUCCUCUUAUCUUCCUCUGAAUAUGAUCAGGUCCUGAUGGAGGACAGGCAGACCAACCGGCUCUGUGAAUCACUGAACAUUUUUGAGACCAUCGUCAACAACCGCGUCUUCGCCGACAUCUCCAUCAUCCUCUUCCUCAACAAGACAGAUCUGCUAGAAGAGAAGGUGAAAACCGUUAAGCUUAAGGACUAUUUCCCCGAAUACACCGGACCGGAGCACAGCCUGCCAGACAUCCAGGGCUUCAUGGUAGACUGCUUCCGCGCCAAACGGCGCAACAACUCCCACGAGCAGUUGUACCACCACUUCACCACGGCCAUCAACACUGAGAACAUCCGGCUGGUGUUCCAGAACGUCAAAGACAUCAUCUUCUACGGCAACCUGAAGGGGUGCGUGUACUAAAAACCCGAGAAAGCAGAGGACUAGGUUAGAGGCCAACCUGUGACCAUCAGCAUUCCUCUUCAGGCUGUUGUAUUUUGGUUUGUACCCUCCUCUUUGAAGAGUUGGCCCUUUUAGCUAGUUCAGGAUCUUUUCGGAGAACAAGUGGUGUAGACAGACUGUUGCAGAAAGAAGGCUGCUAUGGAUUUUGGAUAACAGUCGGUCCCUGCUGCUUCCGUCAUCUGUCCCGAGUUCUGCCUAACCGUACGUUACAUUGUCGGAGCUUUUCAACUGACGAGGUGCCGGUGCUGACGCCAGUGGAAGACUGCUAAACUCUCUCCAAAGCCGGUGAAAAGACGAGAUGUACAACUUUUGGGGGGGAAAGUGCUUGCAAAAUAGCAACAAAAAAGAAAGGGCUAU